AGUAACGUACACGGCAAUAAUAAAUAAUAAUAACUACGACAGUGUGAUAGUGUUACCUAUAUUUGCACAACUGACACGGUCCAUAAUCCGGUACGAUAACUGCAAACACACUUGAUAUAGAACCGUCACGGCGUUAAAAUAGAAAGUUUCCAUACGCACCUAUUAUAGUAUAUAUAUGGGCUGAAAUAUUUGUUGCGCGCAUGCGACAUGCCAUCUGUUAUAAAUCAUAAUACAUUGUGAUUUGUGGAAAAUACCCCGUGUCGGCCGUAUCUAUAGAACCUUUUUUUUAAACUAUGACACUAAAAUAUAUAUCGGCAGUCCUUUAGUCUAUAAGCACUGAGGUCUGAGGAGUAGAAAUCAUAAUCAAAAUAGAACAAAGUUUGAACUACUAAAAAUUAUGAGAAUAAUUCAUUAAAUUAUCUACGUAAAUAAUUUAAUAACAUUGGAAUCAAUUAAUUUUUAGAAUGUCUGAAAGCGAGAGAAAGAAGAGAUCACAAUGUAUAGAUGUUUGGGAAGAAGCAGGCUCGGAAUUUUACCAAGAAAGCUAUCCGGGCAUGGAAGCAGAUUUAGAGGCAUUCCAAAAAAAUCCAAAUAAGCUUUCAACUUUAUUACCUAGUAAUAAAACAAGAACAGCUAGGAAAAAAAUCAAUAAUGGAACUGUGUGCUAUCAAGCAACAGCUACAUUAAAACCGGUAGAAUAUGGAACACUAUGUCAAAACACUAUGGGUUGUAAUAAUGAAAUUCAAAUAUCGCUAAUGCCCGAUUUGUCAGAGAAUUUAUCUAAUGAGGAACUUGUGUGGGAAGAAAUUAUGAAAAUCAAAACUAUGCCAAUUAGCAUGGCACACAAGAAAGAAUUAAAAGCAAAACUAAAAAGUGCAGAUGCUUUUAGACUUCAAGGUUUCCAGCAGCUCAAGUGGCAAAAGCGAAAAAUUUGUAAUUGUUUGAAAAUUAAGUGGUUAGAGUUUUAUAAUAAAUUCAAUUUGUGGAGUUCGAGUUUUAAAAAAAUCGAAGGUCACUGUGGUGCAGGUGUAGUGGAAUUCUUUCUUUUUAUAAAAUUGUUAAUUUUUUUAAAUGCUUUUACUAUGGUUGUGGUUUUAAUUGUAUUAAUAUUUCCUUCAGUUUAUUGGGUAGAAUUAAAAGAAGGAAUCGCACCAGACCUCUGGAAUGAAUGUGGUUCGAGUAAUGAGAGUGCCUCAAUUGAAUGUUGUAGUGCUAUUUACGAGAACACUACUAGGAUAGUAAGACCUCGAGUAAACAUGCAUUACAUUAUGGAUAUUAUUCAAGGUACGGGUUGGGUUGAAACGACGCCUAUGUAUUAUAGUUAUUAUCCAAAUCAGCAGUUCAGUGUUGGUAAAUUAUUCACUUAUCAUGUACCGUUAGCAUAUAUCGUUUCUACCAUAAGUUAUUUUAUUUUAUUUUUUUUGAUCAUUGUUAGGAAAUCAAUUAAAGGAUUUAAACAAAGAAUGGUAGAAACUCAAGUACAAUAUUAUUUGUACUCAAACAGUAUUUUCAUUGGCUGGGACUUUUGUAUUAAUAAUAAAAUAUCGGCCAUACUAAAGCAAAAGGCAAUAUUCAAUGAGCUGCGUUCGUUUUUGAUCGCCGAUAGACCAAAAUUCGAGAAUAGGAAUCGCAGUAAACAAAUUAACAUUAUAAUAAUUAGGUUGCUCAUUUCAUUUUUAGUAAUUGCGCUAAUCGGAUCAGCUUGUUUCUCGGUUUAUCUGAUAUUUUAUUACUCUAUAAAGUUGUUGCAGCGAGACCAAACAUUUAUGUGGGCGUUUUUGUUGGAAUUUGCGACACCGGUAGCGAUAACAUUUUAUAACAUAGUGUUGCCAAUUAUCUUUGAUGUUUUUUUAAAGUUUGAAAAUCGUUCCAUGUAUCAAGAAACCCGAUUAUGUAUAUUGAGAAUAAUAUGUGUGAGAUUAUCGUUGUUGGUCGUAUUGUUGGGUUCAAUUUAUAAGCUGAUUAACUGCGUGCGGGAAAAAUCUCAGUGUGCAAGUGCAUUAUGCAGUUCCCCGCUCUGUUGGGAGACCUACGUGGGUAAGAUAAUGUAUAAGCUUCUUAUUGUUGACGUCGCAUGCAAAAUCGGAAUCACCAUUUUGAUUAGUUGUCCCCGGAGUAUACUUGUUAGGCAUUUUAAAAAUAAUUUUUUCCAAGUCAUGUGCAAGCAAGAACUUAACUUAGCGAAGCACGUAUUGGAUGUUAUUUACAUUCAAAUAAUCGUGUGGUUAGGAAGUUUCUAUGUAGCUUUGCUACCAGUUCUAGGACUGAUAUCGAUGGUGAUAAUGUUUUAUAUAAAACGAUUUUCUUGUAUCAUUAACUAUAGCCUAGCUCAAAAGGUAUACAGUCCGUCGCGAGCACAUUCAAUGAUCAUGUCCAUGUUACUCAUGUCUUACGUCCUAUGUGUCACUACGUGGAUGGCGGCCGUAUCAAAAAUAACGCCAUCCAGGUCAUGCGGUCCGUUCAAAGGACUACCGUCUGUUUGGAAGGUUUUGAUUGAUUACAUUCGCACCAUACCUUCUUGGACGGUUACUUGUUACGAAAUACUGUUUAGUGUAAACUUCGUAGUCCCGUUGAUUUUCAUACUCUCGUGCAUUGUCUAUUAUUAUCACACCGUUAUGAGAUCCAAUAAAAAAAUGAUUGUGGUUCUACGCAAACAGCUUGUACUUGAAGGGCACGACAAACAGUUUCUGUUGAACCGGUUGAGUGCAUUUAUUAAGCAACAAGACAGACGUCGUAAAGUCACCGAAAAUAACGGUGAAAUCGACGUAUUGCUAUCUUGAUUUGCGCAAAAUAUAAUGGAUAAUCGUUUCAGGAAAAUUGGUGAUUUUUUAGGGUGCUCGUAUUUUAAUAUAAUUGAUCGAUGGUAUUUUUUUUGUACAUUUGAACUGCUUAAGUUUAAAAACGGUUUAUUAACAGUUACCGAAAAUAUGUAUACCUACCCGAAAUUAGUACUUACCUACCUACUUGUUUAUACCGAAUAAUGACAUAUAGUAUUUGUUUUAAGCUCAGUACGUUAUUGCUUAGGUUUGAUAUUUAGUUUGUUUAUUAUUUUAUUACUUCCGUUAAAAUAUGAAUUUUCAAUAUUAUUAUUAUAUUAAUAAUUUAAUUUGAAACAUAAUUAAUUAUAUUAAAUAUAUAAAUACAUUAUGUACCAACUUAGUAUUUUGUCUAGUAAACAAUAUUAUGUUAAUAAUAUCGUAUAAAAGAGAUAUAUCAAAAUAAUUAACAAAUACUUAGAUGUAUUAAAUAUUAUAAAUAUAUUGUAAAAACUAAAAAUCUUAUAAAUAAUAUUAAUAGUAUAAACUAUUCAGUUCAAACAAGAUAAACCAUUAAAGUGAUCUCUAUGAGAGUUCCACAAUUCAAACUCAAAAAAUUAUGUAAAUAAAAUGUAUAUUUAUAUUAUAGCAUAAAUUAUAAUAUUUAAUAAUUGUAUUUUUAAUUAUAUUCAUGUUAAGGUGUUAUAUAUUAAACAAUAUUACAAUGUUUAUUUUUAAGUCUUAAUCUAAAUUUACAUAUUAUACAAUUUUGGGUGAUAUUUUUUGGACUGUCUUCCUUAUACAUUUUGUUUUGUGUUUAUUAUUAAUAUUUUUGUCAUACAUAUUUUUUUUUACUAUAAUUUUUAUAAAUAAUAUUUCAAAUGUAUGUAAUAAUUUAAAAAAAUAUAUACACACAAACACACACAUAUACUAUAUAUAUAUAUAUAUAUACAUACCAAAUUAUAUUUGUGUGAUAAGAAUUCCAUGUUGCAAAUUGAUGAUAAUCGUUUAAGAUUUUAUGCAGUACCCAUAUUUUUGGAAAAUUAUUUUCUGAUUACUUCAAAUAUGAAAAUAUAAUUAUGUAUGAUAAAUGAUUAUUCAAUAUUCAUAAAUAUAGCUCUUUAGCUAAUUAACAAAUUAA